AUGUCUUUAUUUUGUAAACAUUGUAACAAACAAAAUGACCACGAAACGAUUUUCUGUCUCAAAACACAAUGUAAGAUUUGUAAUGAAAAUGGACACAUAAAUAUUUAUUGUCCAACGUUACCAUGUCGUAUAUGUAAAACCCAAGAGCAUACAUUGAAAGAUUGUAAAUAUCGAAAUAUUUAUUCAAAGAAUUAUUUUAAUCAAAAACCAAAUUAUAAAGGAAAUAUGAGAUGUGGAUGUUUAUAUGAAGAAGUCAAAAAAAAGAUAGAUGAAUUAUUGCAAUGUUAUCCAAAUACAACCAAAUAUAGAAGAUAUCAUUGUUGUGAAUGUAAAUCUAUUUUAACUAUUGGUCAAAUUUAUGAAUUAGAAGAAAAUAUUUUUAAAUGUAAAGAAUGUUAUGAAAGAUUUAUUUAUAAUUUAAAUGAUGAUGAUAAUAGAAAAAUUCAAUAUUUGAUGAGUUCUGAAUAUCAAAGAUAUCUUGCUAAAUGUGUUAUUUGUAAAAAAGAACAUAAACGAGUAUAUUAUUUAGAUGGAAUUGGUGAUUUUUGUAAUAUACAUCAUCAAGUAGCAUAUAAAGUAUAUCAAGAUAUUGAGAAUCCGAAUAAAAAAUUAUGGCUUCGUAUUCGACAUUGGACAGAUAUGAGUAAAACAAGAUUAUCAGCAUAUCCGAUAAAUCAAACUGCUAUUUUGAGAACUGUUUUAAUAAUGAAGAAUUUAUUGAAUAAUAUGUCAUACGAUGAAGCUUUAGAAGAACAAAAUGGAGAUUUUUUUAAUAGUGUUGGUACUACAGAUGAUAAUGAUUGGUAUGAAGAAGAUUAUACAUUUGAAAGAAUUAUUGAUAAUUUGAUAUUACCAGAAGAAAUAAUUGAACGAGAAAGAUUGAGAAAAUUGAUAAUCGAGUCUUUUAAUUUUGGAUCUAAUAUUGAUAUCGAAGAUAUUUUAACAAAAUUACAAAAAAAUUAUGGUUCGUUAAAGAGAAUUACAUUUUGUAAAUCUUGUUGGUUAGUUGAUUUAGUUGAAAGAGUUAAAAAUAAUUUAUGUAGUAAGUGUAAUAAUGAUGGUAAUAAUGAUGAUACAAAUAAUAAUGAAAUUAAUAAUGAAGAGAUUAAUAAUAAUGAUAUAAAUGUGCGUAUAAAUGAAUUGAUGAAACAGAUUAGUGAAAUUAAGUUAGAAUCAGAAAAAAUUAAAAUAGAAAAUGAUAAAUAUAGAAAACCUUUUGUAUUUCUUAAACAAUUUUUAAAUUCAGUAAAUAGUAUUAAUAAUGAUGAUGACAAUUUAAUUUUAUUAUAG